AUGGCGACAGCAGCCCCUGCAACUCACAACACUCUACUAACAACAGGGAAGGGUCCCGAGGUGACUACUAAAGCCGACUGUGAAACUCCUCCGUCGAGUGAGCAAAAAGGUGGAUUUAGAGCAUCCAUGUUCAUUUUUGUGUUGGUGGCGUUAGAAAAUAUGGGAUUUAUAGCGAACAUGGUGAGCAUGUAUCUCUAUUUUUAUAAUGUGAUGCACUUUAGUGUAUCCGGCGCAGCAAACACCCUUACCAACUUUUUGGGAACAACUUUCUUGCUCACUGUGGUUGGCGGCUUCAUUUCCGACACUUACUUGAACAGAUUUACUACAUGUUUACUCUUUGGAGCUCUUGAAGUUUUGGCAUUGGUGAUGGUCACAAUUCAAGCACACUCAGAUCAUCUGCAUCCAAGUUCUUGUGGGAAGACAAGUUGUGUGAAAGGUGGAAUAGCAGUGAUGUUGCACGCAUCAUUAGGUUUGUUAGCACUGGGUGCUGGUGGAGUUAAAGGGUCUCUUCCUCCUCUAGGUGCUGACCAGUUCGACCAGAAAAACCCUAAAGAAGAGAAAGCUCUGGCUUCCUUCUUUAACUUUCUAUUGUUAAGCACCACCCUUGGAGCUGUUGUUGGAGUUACAGGCAUUGUAUGGGUCAGCACAAAAAAAGCUUGGUAUUUAGGUUUCACCAUUUCUACUGUUGCUGCUUUUGUUGGCUUUAUUGUUCUUGCUAUUGGCAAGAAUUUCUACCGCCUCCUUCCACCUAUUGAAAGUCCUCUAAUUAGGAUUGCUCAGGUUAUAGUUGUUGCUAUCAAGAACAGAAAAUUAACGCUACCAGAUAAUGCUGAUGAAUUAUAUGAGAUCAUCGAUGAAAAAGAGCAAAAAGGAGAAAGAAUCUCACACACCAAUCAAUUUCGGUGGUUGGACAAAGCAGCUAUUCUUCAUAAAAACAAAGAAAGCACAAAAUGGGUGGUUUGCAGCGUCACUCAAGUUGAAGAAGUGAAGAUUAUAACAAGAAUGUUGCCAAUUUUAGGGAGUACUAUCAUAAUGAACACAUGUUUAGCACAAUUGCAAACUUUUUCAAUGCAACAAGGAUCGACAAUGGAGUCUCAUUUAGGCUCUCUUGAGGUUCCUACUCCUUCAAUCCCAGUCAUUCCUCUAGUGUUCAUGUCAAUUUUGGUCCCCAUCUAUGAAUAUGGUUUUGUCCCCUUCGCUCGAAAGAUCACCAAUCAUCCUUCAGGCAUCACACAACUCCAACGCGUAGGAAUUGGAUUAGUAUUAUCUAUCAUCUCUAUGGGAGUUUCGGGUAUUAUUGAGGUUAAACGAAGAAAUCAAUCUAUUAAAAAUCGACUUCAGCCAAUAAGUUUGUUUUGGUUAUCCUUUCAAUAUGCCAUAUUCGGAAUUGCAGACAUGUUUACUCUUGUGGGACUACUUGAAUUUUUUUAUAAAGAAGCCCCCACAUGCAUGAAAUCACUCUCCACUUCAUUCACAUGGUUAUCAUUAUCAUUUGGAUAUUUUUUAAGUAGUGUAUUUGUGGAGAUUAUAAACUCAGUGACAAGAAGGAUUACUCCAAACAGACAAGGAUGGUUAUAUGGGUUAGACAUAGAUAAAAACCAUGUAGAUCUCUUCUAUUGGUUCUUAGCCAUUCUUAGUAGCCUCAACUUUAUCAACUAUCUCUAUUGGGCUUCAUGGUACAAGUAUAAAUCACAAGACCCGAAUUUUGAAUCACAAUUGCAAUCUUCUACCGAGGAGGAAGCUGCUCCUAAUCAUAAUGUUAAUAUUGAUCAAGCAACAACCAAUAUUGAAGAAGCUCCCUCUUAUGAGAAAAAAGGUUUAGAGAAAGAUAUCAAUUUUGCAUGA